AAAAAUAGAAAGAGAGGGGGAGAAAGAAAAAAACUUUAUUUCUAAUUAUUAUUGUUAUCUAACACUACGCGACAUUAAAUAUGGUAUAUGUGGAGUAGUGUUUACGAAAGAAACUUCAAAUGCGUAUUAUAUCAAUGUGUGUUUGUGUUAAGACGAUAAAAGAAAACGCCCUGUAUUUGUCUACAAGAGUAUAAGAGUAAAAAUUAAGUAUAGUCUCUGGUACAACCAAGUGUUGAUUAUUUAUCUACGUGUAAUAAGAAAAAAGUUUAUAAAUGAUUUAACCUUUCGUAUGAUAAUGAAUAUCGGAAACCUACCGCUUGAGGUUAUGUUAACUACAAUUAUUCCAAUUAUAUUUUGAAAAGCAAAAUCAUAUAUUUUCAUUGGUUACGCAGUUUAUAUAAAAAUCACUCUGGUAUGUUGUGCCAAUCCUAAAUAACACGGUAUUUGGUCCAAUUCAUUCCUGAUAAUGGCUGAUGAAGUAGAGGCACUUCGCCUUAAUAAUGAAGAAAUUGAAUAUAUGGAAGCGGAGCUCGAUGGGGACGACGAUGAUGGUUCCGACGGUGUGGUAGUUCCAGAACUUCAGGGUACAUUAUCCAAGUGGACUAAUUAUAUACACGGCUGGCAAACUAGAUUUAUUGUUCUCAAGAAUGGUACUUUGUCUUAUUACAAAUCUGAACAGGAUAGUGGAUUUGGUUGCCGUGGUUCAAUAAGCCUAUAUAAAGCUAAUAUCAAGGCACAUGAAUUUGAUGAAUGUAGAUUUGACGUGUCUGUUAACGAUUGCUUAGUAUGGUAUUUGAGAGCAAGCAAUCCUGAAGAAAAGCAAAGAUGGGUAGAUGUUUUAAAAUCAUAUAAGUCAGAAUCAGGGUAUGGAAGUGAAAAUAGUCUUAAACGUCAUGGUAGUGCCAUUUCUCUAGUAUCGAACACACAGUCCACUACAAGUGCUGGUAGUUUUACUAAGCGUGGUAUUAGAGGUUUGAAAGAAAAAUUAGCAGAAAUAGAAACUUUCAGAGAUAUUCUAAUAAAACAAAUUGAUACAUUACAAAAAUAUUUUGAUAAUUGUGCAGAAAAUGCUAAAAAUGCUUCUUCAAAAGAAAAUAAGAUUGAAAAAAAAUUUAAUCCGGCUGAACAGUCAGUGGAUUUUAAAGGCGAAGCAAUUACAUUUAAAGCAACAAGCGAAGGAGUAUUGGCGACAUUGCAACAUUGCAUUGAGUUAAUGAUACAACGUGAAGAUGCAUGGCGUCGUAGAUGGGAUAAAGAGGUUGAAAAAAAACGAAAAUUACAAGAAUUGUACAAAACCUUAAAAGACCAAAUUACCAUGCAUCAAAGCGACUCUCCAAGACCUCGAGUUCUCAUUCAUGGAGGUCCUGAUUAUGAGGAAGGCCCACACAGUGCGCUUUGCGACGAAGAAUUUUAUGAUGCAGUAGAAACUGGUUUAGAUAAAAUUGAUGAAGAAAAUCAAUUAAGAGAUCGUUUGAAACAAAAAUCUGUCACCAUUUUAACUACGCCUACUACGUCAGCAGUUAAGCAUAGGCUUUGGCCUGAGAUAGAGAAAAUAACAAUGCAACAGUUACACUAUGCUAGACUUGGUGUAGGAGGUGCAGGAGGAUGGCAAUUAUUUGCUGAAGACGGUGAUAUGCGAAUGUAUAGACGAGAGGAGGAAGCUGAUGGUUUGGUAGUAGAUCCACUUAAAGCUUGUCACGUCGUAAAAGGUGUGACUGGACACGAGGUUUGCGAAAUAUUUUUCGGCCCCGAAUAUAGAAGUGAAUGGGAAGCUACGCUCGAAGAUAUGACUGUAGUAGAAAAUAUCUCCAAGGAUACUUUGGUAUUUCUACAAACGCAUAAACGAAUUUGGCCUGCGACUCAACGAGAUGCCCUUUUCUGGUCUCACAUACGUAGAGUAAAAGAUGAUCAAGAUCCAGAUUCACAAGAUUUAUGGAUAGUAUGCAACCACAGUACAGAACAUUCUGAUUAUCCGACAAAUGUCGGUAAAUGCGUAAGAGUUUACUUGACAGUGUGUCUUGUAUGUCAAACAUUCAUUGACCCUCCGAAAGAUGAAGAAGAAAUAAAACGGGAUAACAUAACUUGCAAAAUAACAUACUGUUCUGUCGUAAAUCCUGGUGGAUGGGCACCAGCAUCUGUUUUACGUGCGAUUUACAAGAGAGAAUAUCCAAAGUUCCUUAAACGUUUCACCAAUUUUUGUAUCGAACAAUGCAAAAAUAAGCCAAUUACAUUCUGAACGUGAUUUAUAGGAUUUAAAACAAAUUUUCUAUACAAUUCCAUCUUUACACUUCAUUCAAAGUGUCUUGGUAAGGUUAUUCUAUAAAAUCUGCAAAUCUCUUCUAAUUGCAGACAUUUGUGAAACACUUUUGGAUUAUAUUAUAAAGUGUUUUAUAUACUAUUUUUUUUAUUUGCUUAAAAUAUAAUGUAUAUAUAU